AUAUGGGCGUGGUCUUCUCCACCCGGACUCUGGUCGCUGAGGAUUCUCUGAUCGAUUAAUGGCGGAAUAACCGGACUUCACGCUUCGUUCAGUGACUUCACAGAAUGAGUCAUCAGCCGCGGUCCAACCGGCCAAACCGGGACCGGAACGGGGACCGGGACAGAACCGGGGACCGGGACCGGAAUGGGGACCGGGACCGGAACGGAGACCGGGACCGAACCAAGGACAGAACCGGCGACCAUCGAUAUGACCGCGACUCCCACGACGAUCGGUCGUCGUCUCGACCCCCGUACCUCCCCCGGGAGGACGACGCCCCCCCCAAGCGAGUGCGGGAGGCGCCUCGAGUCGAGCGUCACGACUCCAAGUGCACGAACAUCUGCUCCAGGAGAGGUAUCAUGCUGAUCUGCUCGGUCCUGACCAACGCCCUGGUGCUGAUCUGUGUGAUCGCCGCCCACAUGGUGUCCUCAGGAAUGUCCUCGGCCACGGCGAUGGGCGGAUACAACAUCAACUCCAACAUCAACUUCCAGGGCACGGAGCUGCAGCAGGUGCGGGAGCUGGACAUGCAGUACAGCCAGAUGAGGGCGCCCGGCCUCUACGGGGGGAUCCCCUUCUGCCUGACCUUCGGGGUGGUCUCGCUGCUGUUCGCCGUCGCCGGCAGCAAGCCCCCCCACCUGAUGUCCAGGGGGCUGCUGGUCGGAGCCCUGGUGUUUCAGGCGGUGGGCGCCGUGGGCUACGUGGUGGCCGUCGGCCUCUACCUGCACUUCAUCAUCGGGGUCAACGCCACGGACGUCUGCCAGAGGCGGGAGCGGCUGUACGCACGCAACGGCUACACCUGGAUGAGCUGCGACGUGGGGGGGGCGGACGCAGCCGUGGCGCUGUUCGGCCUCAUCACCGCCAUCCUGUACGCGGCCGGCACGGCGCUCACCUUCCAGACCGUCCGGGGCGUGAGGCGCUACCAGCAGGAGAGGAAGAGGAGAGAGGAGGAGAGGUCCAGGGGUCCGCUGAGGGCCGAGACCACCUCCGUGUGAGGGGGGGGGCGGGGUCUGCAGCCUCCCGACCAAUCAGCUCACUGGAAAGAUUAAUUCUCAUUUCUACAGAUUCUCACCAGGGACUAAAGUGUUUAUUAUAAUGUUUGUGUAGGUUUUACUCCCAGGUCACAGUGGGUUGUUGUUGUUUGUUUCCUCGCUCGUUUCGACCACAGACUGUAAACAAAGAUGGACGCCGCGUCUCCACUUCCUCCCGCCGCACAGAAAUGGAGCCAAAGCAUCAAACGCCGCCAUCUUGUACCGCUUGGGGGGCGGAGCUGCAGUCCCAGCUGUCAAUCAGGACAUUUCAUGGGGUGCAAAUAUCAUCUAAUGGAACUGAAGCUGUUGUUUCUGCACUUUUUAUUACAAAUACAAAGAAAAGUGGGUGUGGUUCCUCCAGCUCCACAGGACCCUCUUCUAUCCGGAAGUUUAUUACAAAUCCUCAUGUGUUAGUUUUCAUCUGUGCAAAGGUUGUGUGUGUGCAGUUCACUGAUGUGACGUGAAGAGUAUUCACCGUUGGAGAAUCAUCUCUCGGCGUCUCUCUGAGGUCAGGACGCAUCGAGAGGAAACGAACAAGGAGCUGAGAAGAAUCAAACGCCACUGUGAACGUUAGGGUCCAGUAUAACAUUAUAAUUAUGUCCUAGAUGAAGACGUGUCCACUGGGAUCAAAAGGGGACGGACACACUAAUGAAUAAGAGGAUUAUUAGCUGCCUAUCAUGUUUUUAAUGUUUUUUUAAUCUUUGUCAGAAGUUUGUCAUGUUGUUGUAUGUUUUUAUAAAGUUUUUAUCCACUCCAAUUAAACCUCCACUAAUGUGACUGUA